UUGAGUGGAGGGGAAAAGGGCACAAUUGGAAAUUGGGAAUUAGGGGCUGGCAAGUUGGCGGAGGUGGACGCCAUGUGGUGAGCAGCCGCAACCGCAAGCCUUCCCCAAAAUUAGAUAACGCAACGCAAUUCACACUGACCUAAAUUAAGCUACGGCUUUCCUCCUCCGACCUCUCCCCUCAAAACCCUAUCGCGCCGCCGUCUCUCCAAUUACGCUCGCCAAUUUUCAAUUUUUUGGAUUGUCAAGGUCGUCGCCGGACGCCCUGGUGCCACAAUUUUAGUACUUGAUUGUGUUUGGAGGUUAAAGUUGCUUCCACUCGCACAGUAUUGUAGAUGGAGGGGAAUUCUUCCGGUGGUGGCGGCGGUGGCGGAGGAGGGGGGAAUGAUGUGGAGCUGCUGUGCAAAACACUGCAGGUGGAGCACAAGCUAUUCUACUUCGACCUCAAGGAGAAUCCCCGUGGGCGUUACCUCAAGAUCUCCGAGAAGACUUCGGCGACAAGGUCCACCAUCAUAGUACCUUCCAACGGCAUCGCCUGGUUCCUCGAUCUCUUCAAUUACUAUGUCAAUUCUGAUGACCAGGAUGUCUUUAGCAAAGAACUCCAGCUCGAUACCAAGGUUUUUUAUUUUGAUGUUGGGGAGAACAGAAGAGGCCGCUUUCUCAAAAUAUCCGAAGCUUCAGUCAGCCGAAACCGCAGUACUAUUAUUGUUCCUGCUGGAAGUGCUCGUGAUGAAGGGUGGGCGGCCUUCAGAAAUAUUUUGGGCGAAAUAAAUGAAACUUCACGGCUGGUCAUCCUUCCAAAUCAGCAUCAGCAGAACUCCGAAGUCCCGGAACGCCUUGUCGGGCUUUCAGAUGAUGUGGGGGCUGGUUUUAUAUCAAGUCAUAGUUCCCAAUCUGCCCCAGCGGCUGACUUGAAUGUUGAUCGCUCUUCUGAUCUGCCACCACCUGAUGACAUAGUCUCCAAAGUGAUAAGAGCUGAUCAAAAGAAGUUUUUCUUUGAUCUAGGUAGCAACAACAGAGGACAUUUCUUGAGAAUAUCAGAGGUUACUGGUUCAGAUCGUUCAUCUAUAAUUCUCCCGCUGUCUGGCCUGAAGCAGUUCCAUGAAAUGGUGGGUCACUUUGUGGAGAUCACUAAAGAUAGAAUUGAGGGAAUGACUGGUGCAAAUGUUAGGACAGUGGACCCUCCUCAAAGGUGAACGUGGGAGAGAAUAUGGUCAACCAGUCUGAUAUCUCAAACCAAUUGUGAUAUGUGACAUCAUUUAUUGUGGUUGAUUGAUUGGGUGUGCGCAUCUGUGUUGCUGCUUGUCUAGUGCUCUGCUUUAUUCAUGUCUCGAUUUUGUCUGAAUAAGUCUGCCCUCUUCUUCAAUCAGAGUACAUUUGUGAAAGUUGAUCAGCUUGAUUCUAGAUAGAUGGAAUGAUACAUAAAUAAAUUAAUAAGUACAUUUUCUGCCAAAAGAUUGGCUUCCUUGUUUAAUUAGACAUCUUUUUUAAUAGAGUGGAAUUGUGUUUUCUUUCUGCUAGAAAA